AGGGGCAGGCGGCGCGGCGCGGCAGCGGACGUGAUGGUGGGCAGCGGCGACGAUGAGACGGCUCCGCCGGACGGCCCCGGGCUGGCUCCACCGGACGGCCCCACGCUGAAGCGGCGGCGGAAGAGCCCCCGGCUGGCGGCGGCGCGGCCGGAGGAGCCCGGGGACGAGGUGGACAGCGCGGCCCAGCACAGCGCGCUGCAGGAGGACGAGCAUCACUUUGGGACCCCAGACUCGCUGACGCGCCCCCCUAUAAAGGCGUACAGAUCGCCAGGUGGUACUACAUCUUAUUUUGAAGAUAAUCCAGUAAAUGAAAAUGCAAAGGCUUGUGACAGUAACAAAACUGAGAAACCAAACAUUUAUACACCAUUAAAAGAAAUAAAGGCUGACUUCCUUGAGAAAAAUCAAGAGUGCUACUCAACUUCUGCACCACUGAACAGAAGUAAAUCUCUGCAUCAGUCCAGUACAGAGAAGCAGUCACGGCCUCUGGCCAAAAAUGACCGUGAACCGCAGAAUGGAUUUCACAAGAUAUGGACUUUGUUACUGGGUCUGCUAAUUAGUGUCCUAUUGCUUUAUGUGCUGUGGAGUGGAAUGCAAGAUGGAACCUCCUCGAGGAGAGAUGCUGAAGUUCUGCAAGAGUUUCGGGCCCGGAUGGAGAAACUAGAAAAUACUUACCAAAGUCAGGACCCCAGCCUGUGGAGAAAAGCCCGUGUUUCUCUUGAGAAACCUCUUAACUCCUCCCGUGUGCAUCUGCAGCCUGCUAUCCUUCUGCUCACAGCUGGCCAGGAAGCUGAGAAGGCCUUGAGGUGCCUGGGCAACGAGAUUGCCAAUGCCUUUGCCUCCUCCCAGAAUGCCACUACCAUCAGCAUCAAUGGGGUGGACAAGGCUGUACGGGACAGUGACGCUGUCAAGGAGGAGGUGGACAAAGAGCUCAGCUCUGGGUUCAGUGAAGGCAAGAAGGUGGCAGUGGUGCAUCGAUUUGAGUCACUGCCUGCAGGCUCCACCUUGAUCUUUUACAAGUACUGUGACCACGAAAAUGCAGCGUAUAAGGACGUAGCUCUUGUGCUGACAGUUCUCCUGGAUGAGCAGUCACUGAGAAAGAGCCUCACCUCUCAAGAGGUGGAGGAGAAAGUCCGGGAUUUCCUCUGGGCAAAGUUCACCAGUUCAGAUGUUCCUAGUUCUUACAAUCACAUGGACACAGAUAAGCUGAGUGGACUGUGGAGCCGGAUAUCUCAUCAUGUGCUGCCUGUUUGGCCUGAAAAGGGCCUCCCUCUGGAGGGAUGCACGUAAAAGUUGCUGGAGAGCACUUGGGAAAGGAGGAAGACACAAAAUGUGUGUUGCAAGGCAGAACAGGGAAUGGUGUGGCUGCUGAGCUCAGGCAGCAGCAAACCAGUCUUUUCUGUGCAGAGACUUUCCACCAACUAGCAGGGUUGUUUCUGCCAAACUGGGACUUCUCCAAGUAAACGACAGAGUGUAAGCAAGAACUUGCUGUUUGUUGAAUUGUAUUCAGUGAUGCAUUCAGCCUUGGUGUCCUGGAGCUGGGCAUUACUGUGCAUCAGUGCAGAGUCACUCCUCUGCCUCUGAACCUGUUGAAGCACUGUUGGCUAUGCUGUGAGGAUCCUUCUCUGGUGGUGCAUAAAGCUGGUAUCAUAUUUGACAAGGUAACAGAAUGUAAAACUAUUGCCUUCAUCUCCCAGAAUUGCUUACUUUUCUUCUAACAUAAGAAAUAAACAGAAAAUGAUGAUAAAGUGAUGUGAGUCUAAGCACAAGCUUCUUCUUGAUCCACUUGAUCACAGCAUAGAUAUCAGCUAUCUUUGGCCAUGUGCAGAAGUGGCAAAAUUGCUUGAAAGAUCUGUGACCUGUAGAGAACCUUUCAGCAAGCAUUUCUUCCUUAAAUGAGCCUGCCUCAAAUAGUUCUGGAGAAAGAGAAAAGCUGAGGUAGAAAGGUUGCUUAAAAUCAGUAGUACUAAUGUCAGUUAAAUAAUUCCUCAAUACCUCUUUGCCUGGCUGCUUGCAGGAGUUCUACUCUUUUUCAAAGUUUUACAAGUUGUGAAAUUUGGAUGGAAAUGAUAAAAUGUGAUCACCAUGUACAUACUAUCUUUCCAAACAAAACUUUAGGAAGUCAUAGGUUAUUUCUCAUUUUACUAAGAUAAUUAUUUUUGCAUUGAGAGAAUCUAUUUAUUUGUGGUACUUGAUAUCCUAAAAAAAUAACUUUUCUUCUUGUAUCUGUGUAUAGAUGGCUGCUUGCUGUAUAAAUUUCUAGCAAAGAACAGAUUUGCAGAGCAUGCUUUUAAAAUGUUUUUUUGUCUCUCAUGUCAAGAAUUCCUCACACCAGAUUAAAAACAAGUACCUGUUUCUAUUGUUAAGUACUUUGCAUGAAAAAAUAAAGAGAAUAGCAGCACUUCCAUUUCAUUGCUGUUACUUCACGCUCUGAGCUGUUGGUCUAUUUGGUUUUAUUGACUAUGAAGGAAUGUGUGAAGAUGCUCUCAAAUUAAUACAACAUUUUCUUGUAACAGCUGAGAGAUUUGGCCCAUCCUUCAUUCACAAGCCCUUUGAACUGUCCUGUUGCAAAAAAAAAAAUAAAAUCCUUUUCAACCAGGAAAACCUGUUGAGGAGCUGGAGCUUCUGGCUUGUUUGUGCAAGGCAAGGUUUGGGGUGUUAAGUGGAAUCAGGUAAAAUCACCUGAAGCAUAUAAAAAAGCACAGUUUGAGACACAGAGCUGCAGUCACUUAAACCAGAGGUGGAUUUGUUCUAACUAUUGAGAGUCAGCAAUGGAUAAUGCUUCCUAUUUUAAUGGUCAGAAAUAAAAACAGCAAGAAGACAUGGAAGUGCUGUUGUUCUGGAUGUUUAAUAGCUCAGGAAGGAAAAGAUGGCAUUUCCAUUUUGAACAUUUCACUGGACAAAUGUUUUUUAUUAAAACCUGUGACUUAUUUUCAAAUUUAUCCUCAUAGCAUAUUUGUUUGUAUAUUAUGUAAACUAUUUUAGUAAUGAUUCAAAAUAAACACACUUGUUUGUUUUAUAAA